AUGGCAUACAAGAUUCCCAUCAACGAGAGAUUUGGUGCCAAGGUUCUUUCUUUUUCAAAGUUACAUGAAACAAUAAGCGAUAUUAGGAGUAAGCUGAGCGAAGAUCAGCUGACUUUGUUUAGGGGAACCUGUUUUGGUACUUUCUUACAACUGAAAAACAUUAAAUGGGCUCCACAGAUUGUACACCAACUCCUCCUUCGGCAAGUACAAUCAAAAGAGGAUGAAAAGAAAGGGAAGUUGGUGUUUUUGAUUGGUGGAAGAGAAACUAGUUUUUCAAUAAGGGAAUUUAACCUCAUAACUGGAUUGAGGUGUCAUUCCCUACCAGACAUCUCAUUAUAUUUGAAAGAGAUGGAGAAGUCUGGUGAACCUAGGGUGGGCUUGCAGAAUAAGUAUUUCAAUGGAAGCUAUCAUAUUUCAUGCCAAGAGUUACGAAGGACUUUUAUGCAGUGCCAAGAUCCAGAAGAUGUAUAUAAGUUGGCACUUGUAUAUUUUGUUGAGUAUGUACUCUUAGGUAGAGAUGUGAAGCUGUUGAUUGAUGUUGAUUUCUUGAAUCUGGUUGAUUAUGUUGAUGAGUUCAACAAGUACCCAUGGGGGACUUUGUCCUACAAGAAGACAAUACAGUCCCUAACUAAUUGUCUUGUUGGAAGGUCCGACAAAUUUAAGGCCAAGCAGAAUGAUUUUGAAUGGUACAAUCUAUUGGGCUUUCCUUGGGCUUUCCAACUAUGGGUAUACGAGGUUAUUCCAAGUAUUGCAGCAAGUUUUGCAGACUGUGUUGAUCUGAAUUUGUUGCCUAGAAUGUUGAAAUGGUCAUCAACUAAGGCACCAAAGUCCAAGACUGUCAACGAUAUAUUGGAGGCGGAUGAGGUUACAGUCUUUGAAAUGGUCAACACACACUCAGAAAGUGAGCAAGACUAUACAUUUAAUUGUGAAGGGAAUGUAGGUGUCUUGUUAAAGAAGGCAAAGAAAGCCAAGCAUCCCAUUCAGAACCCUGGAGCUGACUCUGAUGUCAGUUCAGUUAAAAAGUCAGAUGAUACAUUUGAGAUGGGAUUGCUUGUGAGUUCGUUGAUCAGGGGAUUGGUCAAGGAUACUCUUGCUGCAUUAGAAAAUAAACUGGAUGAGAAGAUAAAUGAUAUCUCGGAAGAAAAGGUGGGGAUUAAGAGGAAGAUUGUGAAGAUGAGGGCGAUAAAAAAGGGGAAGCAUGUAAAGAAAAAUACUCUGAGAAGGAGCUCACGUUUAAUGCCGAAGGCAGCCAAAGAAAUAUCAGAGUUACAAGAGUUGGAGAAGAAGAAAAAAGUGGGUUUGGAAGAGCUGAUUUCCAGGAGAAAGAAGGCUUCAAUGAAGAAGAAACCUUCUUUAAAUGAUGAUAAAGAUGAAGUUGAAGCUGAGCAGGUGGAAAUUGGGCACCUGGAGAAGGGUGAUAUAACAUCCAUCGAGGGGGACGAGAACUUGGCAACUGAAUCCAAAGAAGUUUUUGAUAAAGUUAUUAGCGAUAUUAUUGAAAAGGUGGAUCAGUUGCCAACUGAAACAACCGAUGAUGAUGAUGAUGCAGAUAGAUUUUAUGUUGCCCCCCAUGUCGAUGAGAUUGUUGAUGAUGAUGAUCGUCAUCUUGAUAAUCCUUCUGUAGCAAUUGAGAAGGGUCACAGUGUUGAUAUCAAGGUUGAUGAUAAAGUUGAUAAUUACCAGUUUGAAGUUGAUAACAGUGAACUUAAGGUUGAUAACCUUACGUUUAUGGUUGACAACACGGUUGCAACGACUUCAGAUAAGGUUGAUACCAAUGAAUUUAUGGUUGGUAUCUCUGAAGUUAAGGUUGAUCAACCUGAUGAACUAGUUGAUGCCUCAGUCGAAGAAAUGGUUGAUGGGAGUAGUUCAAUUGCUAAUGAGGAGGAUGAUACUGAUGCGAAUAAAUUACGUUUGUUGGCAAAGCUUGCAACAGAAGGUCAACAGUAUCAGAGCAAAAGAUUGAAGAAGAGGGGUCCGUACCAACUGUCACCAUAUACUGACCCUUCCAAGAAGAAGAGAAAGAUCCUCCCAGAGUUCAAUCCUAUUUCAGAGUUUCCUAACGAAUGGGAAGUUGAAAUGAAUGAAUUCUUUAAGAAUCCCAUCAAUCAUGAUAAGACAAUUGAUCUAAAAACAAUUGAUGCAAAAAAGGAUUGGUUUGAUACAAUCAUCGACCAAAGCAAGUGGCUACUAGACACGCAUCUUGACGUUGCAUUCGAGUUCAUUCGUAAAAGAAUGUCUGAGAAUACUGAUAUUUUCAGACAAAAAUGUGCGAUUAUGGAUACACCUUUUCAUACAUAUCUCAACAUCCGUUACAAAUUGCACGAAGAGAACAAUGAGCCUUCACAUUGGGACCGUGAUGAUCUUCUACUGCAUUUUGUUGACGGAUCUAAGGAAAAUAUGGUCUCUUGGUCCAAUUUGGAUAGGGUUUAUUUCCCAAUUAAUAUAACUGCUGAUCAUUGGGCUGCUGGUGUGAUAGACCUUCAAGAAAAGAGGAUCAUUUGUUAUGAUUCACUUAUCAAGCACACCAGACAGGAGACAUUUAGUAAUGAAAUGAAAUCCAUUGCAACAUUGAUCCCCAAGAUGCUGAAGCGGGCCAACGUCAUCGACGAUGAAUCUCCAUGGACCAUAGAGCGUCAACCUGAAGUUCCUCAACAACAAAAUGGUUCGGACUGCGGCAUGUUCUGUAUAAAAUUCAUAGAGAUUCUCUCAGCCGAUAAGGACGUGACCAUUUUGAAACCUGAGGACAUGAGAUUUAUUAGGAAAAAAUUUGCAGUCGAGACAUGGAAAAUGGGCACGAUGAGAAUGUAAUUUCUAUUUGAUUAACAUAUUAUGUUUAUUUAAUAUAUACAACUGUAAUUAUUUCAUUUAUAUAUAUGAUAUUCUAUAUUUACCAACGAAGACAGUUUGAGUAAUCAACGUUACAAGUAAUAGUUAUCAACGAAAAACUAUGCACCAUAACAUAACUACCAACGGAAACAGUAAGACUUAUCA